GCGAGCGGAGAGGGAGAGCCGCUUGCCAUCCAUCCCUCCAGACGCGAAGCCCCCCGCUUCCCCCGCCCGAGUGCACCCCCUCCAGAAAUAAAUUAAAAUGGAGCUGCCGGCGGUGGGAGAGCAUGUCUUCGCCGUGGAGAGCAUCGAAAAGAAGCGUAUUCGGAAGGGCCGAGUGGAGUAUCUCGUCAAAUGGAGAGGUUGGUCCUCCAAAUACAACACUUGGGAGCCGGAGGAAAACAUCCUGGAUCCUAGGUUACUAAUCGCCUUUCAGAACAGGGAGAGGCAGGAACAACUUAUGGGAUACCGCAAACGAGGACCAAAACCAAAGCCACUGGUAGUUCAGUUGCCAUCUUUUGCACGCCGCUCUAACAUCCUCACCGGCCUCCAGGACCCUGCUGUGGAGAACAGGCCCAAGCUGGAUCUUGGCAGCUCAGGCAAAAGCCAGCAGCAUCAAUAUGAACUGAACAGCAAGAAGCACCACCAGUACCAGCCAAACAGCAAGGAGAGCAAUGUCAAGCACCAGUCGCACAGCAAGGGGAAGUACUACUACCAGCUGAACAGCAAGAAGCACCACCACUAUCAGCCUGAUCCCAAGAUGUAUGAGCCCCACUACCAGCCGAGCAGCAAGGAGCCGCAGCAAGGACAGGCCUGCUUGGACCACAGCAAAAGCCCGCUGAUGUCCCAGUCAGACAAGUGGUCUCAUGACUCGGCCAAACGCCUGCUGAACCCAGUCAAGAAUCUGGGUGGCAUCGAAGCAAAGAAUGGGUCAGAGAAGAACCUCUCCAGUGGCACAGGCCCGCCGCCACCCCCUCCCCGGGAUGGCAUGGCCAGCAAUGGCAUUGGGGGCAAAAUGAAGAUAGUUAAAAAUAAGAACAAGAAUGGCCGCAUUGUGAUCGUCAUGAGCAAGUACAUGGAGAACGGCAUGCAGGCCGUGAAGAUCAAGUCUGGAGAGCCGCCCAAGAAGCGAGUGGUUGAGGACAGGACUACUAAGAAAGGGUCUGAGGAGAGGCAGGAGGUGUGGAAAAAGCCUGGCGAAGAGAGGUGGCCAGGCGGUGAUCCCAAAGGGAAGUCUGGGGCUGAGGCCAGUCCGGCUCCUGCUGAGCUUGCAGUCAGCCCUCCAAAGACAACCUCCCUGGACAAAGGGCUGCCCGUUCUCGAGCCGCAGCCUCUGCAGCUCACCACCAAGCCCGACCGGGUUGCAUGGGCCCUGGACGCCAGCCCGCAGGACCACAGCCCAGCCACCAUGGGACUGAACUUGCCCCCCAGCUGCGGGCCCCCCCGGAAGCGCUGCCUCUCUGAGCCCCACAGGGACAAGGAGAGUGUCAAAAAGCGCCUCACCUCCCGGAGCAUCAGCGCCCCCACCUGCCUGAGCCCUUCCACCCCGGAGAGGCCUGAGCCCCCGGCAGCCCUUCCCGCCUCGCAGCCUGAGGUCAUCCUGCUGGACUCUGACCUGGAUGAGCCCAUAGACUUGCGCUGUGCCAAGGCCCGGGGCGACGGUGAGCCUGGCCUGGUGCAGGUGAAGCCAGAGACUCUGCCCGUGCCAGCAGACAAACUGGCCUCUGAGCCUCCGAAACAGGUUGAACACUUUGAGGUGGAGCCAGAGGAAGAGGAGGAGGAGGAACCCCUGCAGGAGUUCAAGCCUUUCUUUGGGAAUAUAAUAAUUACAGAUGUGACGGCAAACUGCCUGACUGUGACCUUUAAGGAGUAUGUCACGGUGUGAGGAGGCUCUGGCUCAGGCUGCCGGCACGCUCCGGGGCAGCCUGGCGCCCUCCUCUAAGGUAUUGUUCUCCCCAGAGUAACUCCAUGGCACCAUGUGCAGGGCAGGUCCUGCUGCGAUCCAUUGGACACCUCCUGCCCAGAAGGAGAGGGG